AAAAGGUGCCAUUUCAACCCAAUUAUAUUUGUCACCGUCACCUUCUCUUUUAACCCCUACGAUCUGGAGCCAAUGAUAAGGCUCACGUAGCGAAGAAGCUAUGAUUUGCAUCACUACAGGCUACGGCACCAACGAAGUUCGGCUCCGUCUCCGCCGUGCCCGAGCGAGUCUUAUACAUAAUAAUAUGAUUUCUCUUAUACACGAACAUACAGCUCCGACUUACUCUUAUUUACGUCUGCUUAUCACAAGAAAUUGCGAGCUCCGAGUCUUCGUGAUAGUGGCAUUUUGCACCGAUACAGCUGCCUGAAUCCCCUCUUUUCGAGAUAGUUCAUUCGCGGGGCGACGAACAGCUGUUAGUCCAACUCUGUUUAGAGGAAGCUACCUACCUACCUAGGUAUUCAACACUUCACAGGGAAGUAAAUUCGGAAAUAUUUUAAUCGCUUCCACCUACGUUUCCUUCUUAUCAUCCUCGCGAUAUCUGUUCCCACUAUGGUUCUCGAAUCAAGAUGGACGGUGCCGAUACCGAAUUGCUCCGUGCCAAAAUGGGUAUUCGGGUCUUCCUUCGACUCACUUCCAGACAAUCCCCAAUUCAUUGAUGUUGACCGCCCGGAGACGCAUUUCAUCACCCAAUCUGGUUUUCGGCUGUGGUCGAAGCGGCUGGCCUUGGGAUUGACGCGAGCAGGUUUGAAACCUGGCGAUCGCGUACUCCUCUUCUCCGGCAACUCGCUCUUCACCCCAGUAGUUUUCAUGGGUAUUCAGAUGGCAGGGGGGGUUUUCACAGGCGCUAACCCUAGCUUCGUCGCCAGGGAGCUUGCUUACCAGCUGAAGGAUAGCGGUACUUCGUUUCUAAUUGCAGCCGACGCUAGCAUGGAGAUCGCGAUAGAAGCCGCCGACAAGGCUGGUCUUCCGAGGAGUCGAAUAUAUAGUUUUGAUAUAAGCGCUCUUGACAAGCAACCAGGCAAGGCGCGACUCGGAACUCAACAUUGGACUUCUCUUCUCGCCCCUAAGAGCGACGCAGUCAGGUUUGACUGGGUUGAACCCGCCGACGCGAGGACGACGGUGUGUGCUCUUAACUACAGCUCAGGCACGACAGGUGUGCCGAAAGGCGUCGAAAUCACACAUUAUUCCUAUGUAGCGAACGGCCUCGGAGUUAGCUACAUGGAACGACUGGAUCCUGAAUAUGAAGAGAAGAAGAAACGGUACCGCCGUUUAGGCUUUUUACCGAUGUAUCAUGCAUACGGUCAGACCUUCUUUGUCUGCAUCUAUCCGAAGGAAGGCGUGCCAGUCUACAUUAUGUCUUCAUUCAGUUUUGAAAAGAUGCUACAGUGUAUUGAGAAAUUUCGUAUUGACACCCUCCUCGCCGUACCACCUAUCUUGGUUCUACUUGCCAAAAGCCCUCUUAGCCGCAAGUAUGAUCUCAGCAGCCUCGAGAAUAUAGGCUCUGGUGCCGCACCGCUAGGAGCCGAAGUUAGUGACCUCAUCACUAGGCUUUGGCCAGACGGUGCUUUGAAUCUCCGCCAGGGAUGGGGUAUGACAGAAUUGACAUGUUCAAGUGCAAGUUGGCACCCCAAAAUGGUUGCUAAACCCGCAGCCGUCGGCGAAUUAUUGCCAAAUUGCAAAGCGCGUAUCAUGAGAAUCGACGGCUCAGGCGAGAUCACCAAAGGCAAUGAGAGGGGUGAGGUAUGGAUUACUGGGCCUACGCUCAUGAAGGGCUACUGGAGGAAGCCAGAAGCUACCGCGGCUACCCUCCAUAUCGAUCCAGAUGGCACCCGUUGGCUGAAAACCGGCGAUGUUGGGUUUGUGGAGAAGUACGAGCCGGGUGGGCUGCUCCACAUCGUUGACCGCAUCAAGGAGCUCAUCAAAGUGAAGGGUAACCAAGUAGCACCGGCCGAACUUGAGGACGUAUUACUCGAAAAUAAGGGUGUCCGCGACGUCGCUGUCGUGGGCGUUACGAUCAAAGGCGAGGAAGUGCCACGUGCAUACGUUGUGCCAGACCCCGAGGUGAAGCAGACGGAGCAGGAAAUUGCCAAGUGGAUGGAAUCCAAAGUUGUCAACUAUAAGCGGUUGCGAGGCGGUGUGAAGUUUGUCGAGGCCAUUCCCAAGAAUCCGUCCGGCAAGAUCCUUCGCAAAAUACUUAAAGACCAAGCAGCGGAGGAAGUUGGCGAUAGCAAGCCGGGAAUGGCGAAAUUAGCCUAGAGUUGCACUUGGACAACAGCUGGGAUAUCGAAUUGCUUUCUCUUGAAGAUGUGUGUAGGAAUGUAAAGAGAAUUCAAUGGUAUAUACGGAUUCCUCUGGGUUUAACAGAUUCACGAUAUCCGAGAAACUCGUAAGAUACAUUAGAUACAUGAGAGGCUGCUUCUUCCAGAGCGUAUUCCACCAGUAUACUAUCUCAUUUUUAUACGAAUUUAAUUAAACGCACAGAAUUUAAGCCGUU